AAAUUGUCGACGAAAGAGUGAUGGAGAUUAUCGCGAGGACACGAUCGACGACGGAUCAGAGUCCGCGGCGAAUGCGCCGCAUAUCGAGCGUAGCGCGGAUCGCGCACGAUUACGUGAAUCACGGCAAUGUACGGCGUACGGCAAUGAAAGCACGGCUGGGACAGCUGGGAAUUACGAACACAAAAGAUAGCCGCCGCCUAUGGUCGAUGGAAAAACUCCAGGCACCGGGAGCCGUGAGUGGUCAAACUGGGCGCUCCCCUUCGCAACUCUUCGCUGAAUGGCCAAUGACCUGCUGGAAUCGCCGAUUGGACGCGUGGGACGAGCCUGCGCGUUUGGACCGACGACGGCGGAUGUGCCGCGGCGGCUCUGUUGUUCUCCGCUAGGUCGAUGGCGCGGUAACGUGGUUGACUUCCUUUCGUACG